GCGCUGGUCUGCGCACGGCAUUGAUCGAGGUCGCACGGGUUCCCGGCCGCUCGUUUUCUCCUUUACACUCGCCUUUUCCUCCCGCUUGUACCCACGCUAAUCGCGAUAUAUACCGUUUGUUGUGUGCCUUUAAUCCCGUUAACGAGGAGACCGAGCAACCCCCGCGCUUUGGUCCAAGGGGUCAAAGUUCGCGCCGCGUGUGAGUACAAGUACAAGUACCUACGUCACGCCGAUCGAGUGCGGACGACUCUGUUUACACGUGAGAUCCGUUAACGAUUAGUUGUUAUCAUCGUAGAGGAGUGUAAUAUACCAGAGGAAAACAAAGGUACCCGUCGUCAUUGGUGAUGGUGACGAACUAGGCAAGGAUCGGGUGCUGCGAUGUUCAAGCGAUUGGCCAAGUCUAAGCGGCACAGCGUCGAGGGGGUCGGUGGCGAACCCCGGCCGCCGAGGGAGGCCUCGUCUUCCUUCACGCCACCCCCGUCGCCGACGGCCGGACCUCCGCCGUUCUUGGAGACGCAGAGCGUCGGAGGAGGUGCGAGGGCGCCGAGAGCAAAACAGGCGAGAAGAAGCUGCGGUGACCAGCCUCUGAACCUCAACAUCCAACCGCUGAACAACUUUCAGGAUGAACAGGACGAGCCUGACCACCAGUCCGGUCGCAUCACCCGGGUCAGCUCCGAGACCGACUAUCAGAUGGUCACCGCGGUCCCGGCCUACAUCGUGGAACACGAGCCGGAAAAACAAAAAGGACUCGGCGUUUGGGGCCGGAGGAUGAGCAAGAAGAUAGAUUCCUUCCGGAGGGUGAGCUGCCGCGAUUCCCCGGAAGUAUCCGCGGAAAAAACGCGGCUUUUUAGCCCCCCGCAGCGAUCCGCAUCCCCGUUCAAGUCCUUCUUCAUCAGGAUGGGGUCGACGGGGAUGCUCAACUCGGCGAAGAGCAACCGCAGGUCGCUGCAGAGCGUCGCCGACGAGCAGCCCCAAAGCAACAACCGGAAGUCGAGCGUCGUUCAGACCCUGCGCUCAGCUCGGUCCCCGGAGAAGGACCCUCAGGCAUCGCUCUUCAGAAGCUGUAGCACCAGUCAUCUGAACACGACGCUGACCUACGUCAAGGGCGACGACCCUUCGGAGGGAAUCGACCUCAGGAUCGGCGGGAAGGAGAGCGGGAAGACCGUGUCCUGCGAUAACCUGGCUGGUCAGCUACUCGACGAUGUUUUCGAACCCGGAGAACGCGCCCCGGAGAGUCUAAGUCCGGGGACCACCUUCUACUCGUGCGACUUUUACGCGGACGGAAACGCGGAGGCUAAUCUCGUGCGGAAAUCGGUCAGCUGCGAAUUCCGCGAACCGACGUUCAGCAGGGAUUCGAAGGAGGGAAAGAAGACCAGUUUUCCGUACGCCUUCCUCAGGUCCAAGCUCUCCGUUCUACCCGAAGAACGUCACGCCGUUCCUUCCGCCACGUCUCACCGCCCGGAAGAUCGACUCUUCAAAACCGUAUCCGAGGAGCAUUUCCCGUCGCUGAUCAGAACCGACGACGCCGCCGUCGAGACGACGACGCUGGGUCGACGCCGUUCACGACCGGGAGGAACGGCGGCCUCCUACCUCAGGACAGGGGGUCGCAAUUCCUACUCCGAGUACCGGAGCCCCAGCUACGAUCAGCAAACGGAACACGUCGACCUCGUCGACCCGGAAACGGCACCGACGCUCCGGUCUCAGCGGCGAAAUUCGGCGCCGAGCGCCGAGCAGCGUCUCUCCUCGCACUACGUCAGCUCCAACGAGUCCGGGUACGACAGCGACGGGCCCCGAGGCGAAUCGGCCGCAGCAUCGGAGGCCGAGGCCCUGAGCCUCAACCGCGCCGACAGCUCGGACACAAGCAGCGUCAUCGACUCGGAGAUGGAAAAGCCAACGCGGAGUUCAACGCCGAGCGAAUACCCGGAGCGUCCGGAAAGCGGACUCGACGGGCUGCGCUGGCACCAGACAACUUCCGGCCGAAUCCUGCCCAGCAUAAACCAGACCCCUGUUGGAGAGACGGAGGGCCUUGUCACCGCGUCACCACACAGGGCGAGACUCCAGCAGGAGAAGACCAGGUUCCUAAGCGACAUCAUUCAGGGUGCAGGUAACGUCGAGCCAGUCCGUCGUCAGCGUCGAUGUCGGAUCGUCAACCUGGCCAAGAAGGACCCCAACGAGACUCUCGGCAUCAGACUCGCACGGCAAAGGUCCGACCGACUUCGUUACGUCGUCGUGGAACUGGAGGACAAAGGAAUUGCCCACAGAGACGGAAGACUGAGACUGGGAGACGAGAUCGUGGAGGUGGAAGGGCGGGACCUGGGAACGAUGGACUCUCUGCAGGCGGUUCAAGACUUCUUGGCGUCGUUCACCGGGAGCAAAAUCCAGCUGCUGACGGCGUACGACGAGAACGUGCCGCAGAUUUGUUCCGUUCCAACGCUGCUUCCGGGGGAGACGGAGUACUUCGAAAACGCCAAGACGUUGUCCAACAUCUCGCUGUGCGACGAUCGACGGUCUUUGGGCUCGGGUUCGGGGGUGGUGGAGCACCGUCGGCGACCGGAUUUCCUCCCCCUGGAGUCCUUGGCCCCCGAAACGAUCCUGGAAGCGCAUCGGUACCUGACUAGACACGCGGCCCGUUUCGAAAAGGGCUUCGGCCGUCCGAGUCUCGGCUUCAGUGUAGUCGGGGGUCGGGACAGCCCCCGAGGUGAAAUGGGCAUCUUCGUCAGGCGCGUGUUUCCCGGGGGCCAGGCCGACGCUUCGAAGUCUCUUCUUCAAGGCGACGAGAUUCUCACCCUGAACGGCAAGGUUCUCCGCGGCUUCACCCAUCGCGAGGUCAUCGAACUCUUCAAGGCCGUCAGGGAAGGGCCUGUAGAUUUGGAAAUCGCGAGGAGGCACAGGUACCCAAAGUCACUCCCGGAUUCGGCGACUUACUGAUAUAACCGUGCGAUGACGGGACGUUUUAAGUCGUUUAUGAUUCGAUGCAGCAGCUUGUGUUAAUUGUUAUCUAUAUAAGAAUUGUUCGCGAACUAGAUUCUAAUUUUAUCUCUACAAUGUACAUGCGAUCUCUAGUCUCGUAUAAUAACGGAUCUUACAAUUUAGACUUAUCAACUCAGCUUGCGUCUCUUAUUUUAUUCUGAUAGAUAUGUAUAUGUAUAUUUAAUUUAUUGAUUAUUAUUCAUAUGAUAUAUAUUAUAUAUUUGUAUAGAUGAAUCACGUCGGUCUACAUGAAGUCUAAAAUAAUUAGGAAAGUUCGACUUCCACCUAUAAUUCACUUUUACAUUUUAUCCAGAUGUUGUAAUUUUACAUGUAUUUUAUAACGGAUAUAUUAUAUAUAUAUAUAUACAUUGAGGAAAAAAUGUUGUAUAUUCUGAUAUUUACGAAACAUUGCAACACAGACACACACACACACGCAUGCAAUCACACAUACUCAAAGGAUUCACUGUUAAUAAAAGAACAUGCAUUGUCAUCUAUUGACUCGUUUACGUGUUUCGACGAACUGAUAACGAGCGGGAAUUUCA